CGAAAGACUAAUGAGAGCAGAUGAAAAGAUCGGAGGCUGCAUCUGCUGGAGACCAGGAGACCCGGUUCGGAGCAGGACAGGGAGGCAGGAGCAGAGAGGAGGAUUUGUUGACAAAAGCAGCAAGUUGGAGAAGCUCCUCCUCCUCGUGAUGUCGGAAACUCCUUAAUUACUAAUUUCUCCACAUCGGAGCCACGCUCUUUCCCUCCCCCUCUUUCUCUCUCUCUCUACUCCUCCAUCCAUCAUCUCUCAUCCUGACCCUCCUUUCUCUCCUCUCCGUCUCUCUAUCGUUUCCAGCCUGGAUAACGGAGGCGGACGAGCUUGGAGGAGCGGUUCAUUUUAUUCUAUUAUUAUUUAUUCCUCUUUUUUUUAUUUUUCUUUUGGGAGACUCGCCAUCGGGCAUGGAAGAUAUAAAAGCCCCACCGACCGUCCACCGGUCCUCCUCCUUCAGCAUUAAAAGCCUCCUGCUGCCCUCAAAGUGCGACCGGACGGACCCGGUGGCUGCGCCCGCCGCCGCUAUUAUCGGGAUACCCGGGACUCUGUCUCCAUCACCGGGUUCCGACUCGGACAGGUCGCUUGGGGCACCGGAUGUGGACUAUACUGCUGCGGUUAUGGACCCAGGGAAACCAGGCAAGGAGGAGCAGGGGAAUGAGGAGGAGGAGGAGGACGGAGGGGGAGGCGGAGGUGGGAAGGACGCCAAAGCAUCACCGGAGCAGAACGCUAACGGUAAUAACGGCAAAAACGGGAAAUUCGACAAGCCUCCGUUCAGCUACAACGCUCUGAUCAUGAUGGCGAUCCGGCAGAGUCCGGAGAAGCGGCUCACGUUGAACGGAAUCUACGAGUUCAUCAUGAAGAACUUCCCGUACUACCGGGAGCACAAGCAGGGCUGGCAGAACUCCAUCCGGCACAACCUCAGCCUCAAUAAGUGCUUCGUGAAGGUGCCGCGGCACUACGACGACCCGGGCAAAGGGAACUACUGGAUGCUGGACCCGAGCAGCGACGAUGUGUUCAUUGGAGGGACUACCGGGAAGCUCCGCAGACGCUCCGCCACCUCCCGCGGGAAGCUGGCGAUGAAGCGCGGGCUGCGCUUCGCUCCUCUCGGCUUGGGGAUUAACGAGCGGGCAAACAACCCGCUUUACUGGCAGAUCUCUCCGUUUCUCUCCCUACACCAUCACCAUCAUCAUCACCCACACUACAACGGAUCCUCGCCCGGGUUUUUGAACCAGGCCGCCGGGUACGGGUCGCUGCUGCCCGCUGUGGAGCAGCUGAGUAACGGGGACCUCGGGCGCUCCAUCCUCGGCGGGUCUGCAGCUGGGGCGCUGGGCUUAACGAACAGUUACGGAAUGAACACGUCUCCUGUCGGUCUGCUGUCCGGUCAGACUGGGGGGUAUUUUGUCUCAGGAACCCAACACGCUGCUGCAGCAACGGGGCCGCCCGGUGGAGGCCCCCCGCCACCACCUCCUCCCCCGCCGCAUCUCCAGCAGGGCGCUACGGGCUACAGCGGGCUGGCGGCCAGCAGCUCCCCGCAGGCUCUGCUGUCGGACUCCCUCAGAAACAACUCCCUACCGGCCUUCUCUCCGGGGUUGCCCGCGGGAUUUCCCGGGGUGCUGUCCCAUCAAAAGAGGGUGACCUCCAACGCCUUCCUAAACUGACCCCCUCACCCACAACUGUCAGUGAAUGCCGGGCACGAACAAGGACGUGAUUGGAGGGCAGAUAAGGAGUGGUAAAUAUCAAACCCAGAUCUAAGUAAGAGAACUUUAUGGCCAUAUUCCGCCCCGCAGCGCAGCGGGACUCUUCUGAUUAUUUUUACGCAUUUUGCUGAAAAAGGGAGAAACUUUUGUUACCCGCGGGUUGUACAACUGUAACUAGACUUGCCAAAGGUAACUAAGUAUAUUUCAAGCUAUUUAUAUCCUGUACAAAGAUUUUGAGUAUUUUCGUUGUCUUAUUUAUGUUUUGUAUUUAUUGUACAAUGUAUUUAAAUUCUAUUUCUCGCUGUAAACGCGUCAGUAUUAAGAGAAAAGAGGGUUCAUUAUUUAUGGGUUAAGAGACAAUCAGGGGAUAAAUACCAGACAAUCAAUGCUCAACGUUUAUGUAAGAGAAAACUUUGAAUACAUUUUUAUUAUGAAUAAACGAAUAAAGCCUUAAAAUUAGAGAAACAAUCAGGGUUUUAGAGGAAGAAUAAGCCUAAAUCAUAUCUGCUCAGGUUUGACCCGGAAAGGCCUAAAACAGGUGAAGCAAUCAGGAUUCCGCUGCCCUCUGUGAAGAGUUUCCUUCCGAAAAUCAGAAAUCUUUUUGGAACAAAACUCUUCAUAAUUUAUGCAACUGGGAGUUUUUAAAACCCAACUCUUAAUUUCUGUAUAGUGUGUGUGUGUGUGUGUGUGUGUGUGUGUGUGUGUGUGUGUGUGUGUGUGUGUGUGUGUGUGUGUGUGUGUGUGUGUGUGUGUGGAGGCCUGGAUGAGCGUAAACCCCUCUGCGCAUGUGCGUAAAGACCACCCCGCACUCAACCCCCCACCCUACCGGUCUGAUCCCGCUCUCUAAACCGCUGACCUGAUUCCAUUUCCCGGUGAACGCGCUGCUGAGACCCGCGGAGACCUCCGGUUGUUCUAGGAAUAAAGAAAACAAAAACAAAAAAAAAAAUAAAUAAAAAGCUUCAGGAGGCGAAUCCGAGCCGCUCCUGCUGCUCGCGCGCACGUUCAGACGCACAGCAUUAGAAAUGCGCAUGUGAGCAGAACAAUACCAUCUCUUCUCCGCAGUUUAGCAGGUUUUCACCAACAACUGUACGUUUUAGCGCAGUUUGACUCAUUUUGCAGGUUGUUUUGCGCAUCAUGAACUGAAAAUCCCGCAGGAUCUUUGAAACUUGCACGACAAUCACCACACCUGGCCUCCUCAGCCUGCAGCAAACUGUUUAUGCAAUUUAUUAUGUUGUGUUUGUAUCUUCUAAAAGUGAAACAAUAAAUCCAUAAAAAGGUUAAUCAGCAGAUGUCUGACCAGUCAAGCCAGACACAUUUUAAAGUCAAGUCUGUCAAAUGCUCAGAUUUAAUUCAUUUAAAAUUAAAAUUGCGAGUCAAAAAAUAGAAAUAUUUAAAAAAGUAUAUACAAGCAAAACCUCUACAAAUAUGAAGGAAAUGAACAAACGACACCCCAAAACUUUAUUAAUUCUGAAAAUCUGAUUAAAAUCAAAUAAUUUCUACAAUUUAAAUAAAUAAUUUUAAUUUUCUUCAAUUUGGCAAAAUUAUAAAAACAAGUCAAGUUAUCCUGUCCAGAGAAUUUUUUUCUUUUACAUCAAAUAAAAUGAAAAUGUUCACGUGAAUAAGAAAAUUAUUUAUAAUAAAUAGUUGUUAAAAUCAAUUCCUUCAAAAAUAAAAAUCAUAUAGAAAUGUGCAGAAACUCCUUGUUUUGAUGCUAAAUGUUUCCAUAAUACCAAUAACCCUGAAACGUUCCGCUGCGGCAGAUCAACGCACAGAUCGGCUGGCCUGUUAGGUCGAGAUGCAAACAAAACCUUUCACAAUGAAAUCAGAUGUGAAGUUAAAAAAGUCUAAUGUCGGUUUUGAAAACUGCAGCUUUUUAUGGGAAAAUUUAUUCAGUUGACUAAAAGUUGGCGCUGCUGAACACAAACUUCCCUCCAAUAUGUUUGUUUAUUUAUUUGUUUAUUUAUUUAUCAUUUGAACACCUGCAGCUCUUUGUUGUCCAACAAAAGAAUAAUGCCUGUAAAAAAACUAAAUGAAGCACGUGUGAUGGGACGCUCACACACACACACACACACACACACACACACACACACACACACACACACACACACACACACACACACACACACACACACACACACACACACACACACACACACACACACACACACACACACACACACACACACUUAUUUCUAUCUCUGUGUAAGUUUUAUGUUUAGUUUAUUUUUGGUUUGGGGGGCUUUGUUAACGUGUGUGACGGAUUUGUUUGUUUUUCAUUUUUUGCACUUUUGUAGUUAGUCCUGACUCGUAUGAAGUCUGUACCGUCUGUUUCGUUGCUGUCUGGUUUAUUAUUUUAUUUCAGAGAAACUAAAAUUGAUUAAAAAGACUGAAUUAACCUGAA